GAAUUUCCCACCAUCGUCACAGGUGAUCAUGUGAGGCAGUGGACAGGGCCGACCGUAUUUUCAGUUUCUACUUCCUGGUUGGUGCUGUCAAACCACAUAUUACUUCCCUGUUGAGAAGCGUUGACGAGCAGUAACACGCUAGACAUCUAGCUCGGCAGUUGACGGAUCGCUCUAGAAGACGUCUCACUCUCAGUGAAAGUGGUCGGUGGCAGUCGUCACAACAACAAAAUGAAGAUUGUUGUUAUUUUUGUUGUGGUGGUGUUCGUUGCUGUUGUUGCAUCCACAGCUCCGGGUUUUAAAGCAAGAAUAACACAGAAAGGCCUUACUUAUGCAAACAAAAUGGCCAUGCUGGCCUUGUCCCAGUCCAUCAGGAAACUGCACAUCCCAGACCAGUCCGGCAAAUCUGGCAAAGUCACCUACAGCAUCACGGGGAUGACAAUUAAGAGCUUCACCACCCCAGGCAGCUCCAUGGCACUAGGGAAAGGGGCAGGCAUCAAGUGGAGUGCGACCGGGGCGGGCUUGAGCAUGCAUGGAGACUUCCACUACAAGUAUAAGCAGGGAUGGAUCAAAAUUUCGGACCAUGGCAGCUUUGAUGCAUCACUGAGUGGGGUCAGUUUCAGCAUGACAGUGAAACUUGGGGACGCUGCUGGAAAACCCAAGCUGGCCGGCAGUGGUUGUUCCAGCGGAAUUGGGGGUGUGAAAAUCAAAUUCCACGGUGGCGCUUCCUGGCUCUAUAAUAUCUUCAGUCACGUCAUCGAGGGGAAGGUGAAGGGUCUUCUACAGAGCCAGAUGUGUAAGCUGGUUGUUGCCGCCGUCAACACACAGGCAAAUAAGCAGCUGGCAAAACUCCCAAUGACAGUUUUAGUGCUGAAGAAGUUCCUCCUUGACUACAGCCUCAUCUCGAACCCGACCUUCGACACUAAGUUCCUGGAGACCAUGUUGAAGGGAGAGGUGUUCUGGAACGGAGCGAGGAAGGAGUGUCCGUUCAGCCCUGCCCCCCUGCCGACCACGCCCGACACCUCCCACAUGCUGUACCUGUGGGUGUCGGACUACAUGGGGAACUCCCUCGCCUACUCCGGCUUCCAGCACGGCUUCCUGCAGUACAACCUGACUGCCAAGGAUCUCCCACCUGGCAACAGGUCCAUCCUCAACACAACCUGUAGCGGCUUCAAGUGCGUGGGCGCCUUCGUCCCCCAGAUCGGCAAGAAGUACCCCAACAGCCAGGUGCUGAUGAGGAUGCAUGCCACAGCCCCUCCCAACGUCACCAUCGCUGGGGGCCUCAUCAACAUGAACUUCGCUGGCAAUGUUGACCUCUACGCCAAGACAGCCGGUGGAAAGACCCCCUUCCUGCUCACCAUCACCGUUGUGCUUGAUGCCAAGGUCAACGCCAGCAUCGUCCGCCAGCUGGUGACGGGCAAGAUCACCAGUACAAACCUCAAACUGGAUGUGAAGAAUUCUACAGUUGGCACGGUGUCGCCCACGGCUCUCCAGUUGGUGAUGAACGGAGCUCUCAAGCUGUUCAUUCUUCCACAGCUUAAUGCCCAGGGACAGAAGGGACUGGUUCUGCCUGUGACGGACAACAUCCACUUCCAAAACGCUCAACUGUCCCUUCUCAAGGGAGCACUCCUCAUCUCCACCGACCUGUCCUACACUCCCAGCACUGACGAGGAUGACCUUCAACCUGACAAGGCAACUCUCCCUGACACACGCCGCGACCGUGCAAUGUCAUUCCACGUCGUGGGUCAGAAACAGCCAGAUUUCAACCAGAUCUAACUUGUCCGACAUCGAAACUCACUCAUCUCAUUAUUCCAGAUGGACCAUACACUACAUAUUUUUCAUAAAAUUAAAGUAAAAGAAAAAGUGAAAGUUUUUAUGAUUGGGCUUGAAAAAAAUAAUCUUAAAAUAUAAAGGUUUUGUCAAACAUUGUAGUUGCAGUAGGAGGCUAGACAACUGCAAAAUACAACGAAAUGAUGCUUGAAAUCAACAGCUAUGUUCUGAUAUUCUCUCCAUUUGAAAAGUAAACACAGUCGGCAAUGACGAUGGUACCUGUCCUCCACAAGACAGUAGGAACAAAUCAGUUAGGACAGGUCCUGUUCGGGGCUCAUAGUCACUGCUCCAGCCUGUGUGGUGAAACCUGACAGCCCUGAAUCACUUGUAUUUUAAUUAGUGAAGCUGUUUUGUAGUGAAGCUUGAAAUUAGAUUGCUGACGUGAUGGCAACUACAUGCUUCACACAAUGUCAUCUUUAAAGUCUUAGUCUGACCAUUACUGAGGACUGCAGUCACGUUUCAUCCUGCGCAUCUGUCAUUUUUAUUGCCCUUGUUUGUGAGGGAAAAAUUAAGUGUUCCUCCCUCAUUACUUUACUCUUCAAUGAAAAAAAAGCAUCCUACCUUCUCCUGACUCUGGAGAUAAAUGAGCCCAAGUGACAGUUUGUUCAUGCAGCCCAAUUAUAACACAGGUACCCUCUGUUGAUGAUCUGUGCCUUCAGGUAACCUUACCAUAGCACCUCUCACAUUCCACUGUUUACAUGUUAUUCACCUGAUAGCAAUAUUUGGGCCUCGUCUGUGUUGACUGAUUUGCCCCAAGUGUUGACUUUCUCCUGCUUUGUGUCCUAUCUUCUGCCCUCCUUGUAUGUCAGUGUAUCCUCGACGGUUCAGGGCGAUAUAUCUUCAUUCUGUUAGGAUAAAUAGCCUGGAUUUGCCACCAGCUUCUUUCUGAGUGAGUGAGUUAAAACUUACCGUUGAUUCGGCAGUAUCUCUGCCUUAUUGUGACAGCUUAAUUUUGAACCCGAUUCAAACGACAUGUUGCUAAAUUUAGCAAUCCAAUCAAAUAACACUAAUGAGCGAUGGGGAUGCGACUUCAAACCAAGUUUUGAUAGCUAACGGUCCAGGGUACUUUUUAUGAUGGAAUGAGUUAUUAUACCCUGGAUUACUAAGGAUGUGUUUUUGGGUAGGUGUGGUAUCUGAAUCUAUAUAUGGGAUCUGGUUUUAGGUGUAGAUGCUCUCAUGUUCCAAGGGGAGGUAGAAUCUUACAAACUUGUGAUAUGAACUUUAUUGAGAAUGAAUUUCACUUUUGAAAUACCUUUAUUUGUCUGCGAUGCCAUGGGAAUGUAAGUGAGAUGUAUUUUCCCUAUCAGUGUUAACCUGAAUAAUUGUUAAUUAAAUGUUUGAAAGUAAUUAUAUUUUACAAAACCUUGCUAUGUACCUCUGGGACACAGUUGUAGUAAGAAGCAGUUUGUGGAAAUGUUCAACUUGAUCAAGUCUCUGAGUGGCAUUUAGAAGUGAUACACAUAAGGGGGAGAAUGUAUUUAGAGUCUCUGAGUAUAUCUUACCCUCUGUUGGUGUGAGGUAGGGAGAGUAGAGUCUCUAAGUAUAUAUUAUCCUGUGUUGGUGUGAUUUUUCUUAGAUGUUUUGCUUGUGAAGUGGGUUUUGGGUUGGUUUUUGGCUAAGCCUUGAUAUUGUUUCGCAUCAUAUAUUUUCAUUCCUUUACAGCUCUAUAGCACAAGUAAUCCCAUUCCAUACUGGUUUUAUCCUGAUGUUCUUAGUGGUUCUUGUUGGUUAUGUUGACCUCAUGCCAGGAGGGUGAUCUGCUUCUUCUGCUGUGUGGGGGGACCUGAGAUGCUGUGUCUUCCAUCACCUCUCACAAAACUUCCACUCAGUAGUUUUCAGAAGAUCAAAGAUUUUUUAUAUGGGUUGAUAAUGGAAAAGGAUUUGAAACAAAAACAAUGUCAAUGUAUAUAAUAAAGAAAUGUUAAAAGAUAAUUUUCUUUAAUGUCACAUUUUUCAGUUGAUUUUGACAGAUUGAUAGAAGAUGUAAAGAAGUGUUUAGUUUUUGAUUGGGUCAACUUUUUGUAUGGUUUUAAUCCUGGAGAAAAAGCCUGUGACAGACAUGUCUUGUGGUCUGUGUGACAGACAUGUCUUGUGGUCUGUGUGACACACAGCAGGUGUGAUUCUAUUAAUUACCAAUAGGAAGUGACAGAAAUGGGUUCAUCAUAGAUCUCACGUCACCCAGGCUCACAUUUGGAAUGAUUUGAUCCCAAUGUUUAUAAAGUUUCCUGGGAAUAGUAUUAAGUCAAUCCAAAGGUCAAGGAAAACUGUAUUCCUGAGAAUCAUGUUUGAUGUGAUAACACUGAUGAUGGUAUCAAUGUGGGUAAGGAAGUUAACUGACUAUAAAAUAUAAGAGUCAAGUUUCAACCCUUGCCAAACUAGGCUGGUAUUAAGGAGUUAUAUUUUGGCUGGACUAAUGAGUCUAUGCAUAGUCCAAUCAAAACUCCAGCCUAGUUCGGCAAGUGUGGACACUGGGCUUUGACUGUCAGUUAAGUCUCUUGCCUCGGGAAGAUGUAACGUGGCAUUAAUUGUUCAUGUCUCUACAACCUGUAUGUGUCUGGCUGUGUGAAACUACAUCUAUGCAAUGUAUAUAUGUCUUAUGCAUAUGUCUUUCAUUGACUCAAAGUAUUUUGAUAAUAAACUGUGUGCUUGUG